AUGUCGCGAACAUUGCUAUUGUGCCACAUACAUGGCUUCAAGGGCAACGACGACAGCUUCGGCACUUUCCCAGAGGAUUUCCAAAAGCUCCUGAGCAGUCAGCUCUCCGACCACAAUGUCGAGUCUGUUAUCUACCCAAAAUAUGCGACCAAGGGAGAGCUCACCGAAGCCAGUGUCAACUUCCUCGAAUGGCUCAAGGAACGAGUGAUGGAUGUUAGGAAGGCCAAGCUCGAGAAGCCCUGGCCGCCCAACGACAAGAGCGUCGGCGUCGUCCUUAUCGCCCACUCCAUGGGCGGCUUCGUGGCCAGCGAGGCACUUUUCCACAUCCUGGACGAGCGUGCCAACAGCAGUGAUCCGACGGCCCCCCUGUUCCCCAUGAUCCAGGGAGUGCUUGCCUUCGACACGCCAUACAACGGCCUCGCGCGCUCCAUGUUCGUGUACGGCGGCUUCUCCAACUACCAGAAAGUCAGCUCGGUAUUUAAUGUCAUGACGGCACUCUCCGCGGCCCCCGCCAGCAUCAGCAUGGCCCUGAAGCGCGGCGCGAGCUCCGUGCCGGGAUCAAGCAGGGUCACCAACCCGGCGGCCUGGAAGACGUGGCAGCUCGUCGCGGUGCGGACUGGCACGGUCGGCGCCAUCGCCGCCGGCGGCGUGGCCGCUUAUGUCCACCGCCAGAAGAUCAAGGACGGCUAUCAGAACAUGAGGAACCUGAAGAAGCAGGACAUUGUCGAGGGUUACCAGCAGGGCGUGGACCGCCUCGGUCAAGGUCUUGCCUAUGUCAACCGCGGCAAUGUCGGGCAGUCUUUUGCGUGGCUGAGCGACCACUUCACAUUCGUUGGCGUGCUCAUGAAACAGCAGGAGCUGAACCGGAGGCUCGAGCGGCUUGCGAACUUGAAGGGUAUCGGUAUCCACGACAUUUACUGCUCAAUGGGGGAGAACGGGUACUGGAGCGGCGGUUACUUCGUUCCAGAGCGGACUUUCUGCGCUGUCCCGGCUGACGACCAGCCUGCUAGCAAUUUGUUCUCCAGGCAUGUCGUCAACAACGCGGAAGACGAGAUCCAGGCACACAUGUCUUUGUUCCUGCGCGACAAGAAUGAGGACUACCAACUCAUGAUCGACAAGGCAAGCAAGCUGGUGAUCGCCUGGUUCAACGACGACUCCGAGAUUGUCGACAACCCUGAAAUCACAAAACCAGGACCAGCCGACUCUGCCGAGAACGCCAUCAAAGCCACGGACGAGGGGGUCGAAGUCGAGGGGGAAACGGCCACGACAGAGAAUGUCGACGACACCCAAGCCUCAGAAGAUACCGACGGGAUCCCAGACGAGUCGCCCCUCGACAUCGCCGCGGCCGCGUCCCUGGUGCCCCUGCCAGACGACGCCGAGGACGCCACGACGGGCGAGGCCGUGCCCGAGGUCAGGGACAAGCAGACGUACUACAGGUACCUGAUGGGGAUCGCCCAGUCGACCGGCACGGGCAUCUCCCAGGCGAGCUCCGGUGUCAAGGGGUACAUACCCACGAAGCUGCCGGCGAUCCCGAAGCCGAGCAUCCCCACCAUGCCCAGCGUGAGCCUGCCCAGUGUCGGCGUGCCGGGUGCUGGGUUCUUCUCCAAGAAGGAGAAGUCGAGUGCCUCGGAGGCUACCGCUGCGACGGCGGCGGCUGGGCAGUCGGCGGAGGGCACUGAGAAGACUGAGGGGUCCAAGACUGAGGAUUCCAAGACUGAGGAGUCCAAGACUGCGCAAGAUACCGGAGUGAGGCAAGAGGAGACGCAGGUGAAGACCGAUGCUGCAUGA